GGAGAGCAUUCCAUGCAUUGAUGACUCGUUGGGAGAAGAAGUGUUUCCUACAGCCAAUCUUUGGUACCGUCCCAGCUAGCUUUGAGGCAGCGGAGCGGACCAGCGUGGCCACUCCUUGGGAUUUAUCCCAAGAUCUUGGGAUUUUUGGCGACAGUUCUGAACUAAAACUAGUACAUACAGUCCCCACCAACAUGGCAGACGCUGACAUCUCUUUGCGAGACCUCGCUGCGCAGAAGGAACGCGAAUGGCGAGAGGUCCAGGAACUACGAGCCAAGGCCCUCGAGGAGGUAACAAGGGAGAAGGAUCGACAACUAGAACUUAACAAGGCUCAGUUCCAGAAACUGAAGGAGGAUUUCAAGUACAAUCUGAGACUGCUCUCCGAACGAGACAAGGAACUGGAGCGCUACGAUGCGGUCUUCGCGGAGCUAAAGGCUGCAUUUCAAGCAAAGAAUGCUGAGGUGAGUGAGCUGAAAAUCUGCAUGGACGAACUGCGACAGACGACAGCGAGGGAAUCACAAGCUAAAGAGGAACUGCAGCGACAUUACCAGCAGAGGAUACGAGAGAGACAGCAGGAGGUAGAGAAGUACAAGAUAGCCAAAGAUGCUGAGAUGGAGACGGAGCGUGGUAACCUUGGCAACAUCAAGCGCAACCUCCAGCGCCAGCUAAGAGAGGUUGAGGAGGAGCUAGACGUCCAACGGCAGGAGCUGACGGUGGGAUUCGACGAGGCGUUACGCCGACGGGAAAAUGAGUACCGGGCACAGUUGGAUGACAUGAAUGCUACAGUGCUAGCCCAUGAGAUGAAGGUAAAAUUACUAAGCAAGGAGUUGGAGUUGGUCCGCACAGCCAACGAGAGGGCAUCAUCGCAACUAGGCAACGCAGACUCUACUGCACAGGAGCUUCACAAGCAGCUGAAACAGAAGGAAUGGGAGCUGCAUGACCAGGCCAGCAUGAAAGAUGCAAGAAUUGCAGAGUUGGAGAGUCAGAAGGAAAUAAUGGAACAGUCCGUGAACAGAGCCAUGGAGGAUUUCAACAGGAAGCAUGCUGAACUGGACAGGUACGCUCGAGAAAAAGAAACAAUCGUCCUGAAACUGAAGGACAGUCACAAUGCCACAGAGCGCCAGCUUCAAGAUAAGAUCCGAGAGCUGAAUGCCAAGAUGGAGGCGUCAGAGGCAGAGAGAAGGAGAGAGGAGUGGUCUCACCAAGAUGCUAUCAAGGAGAAAGAUCUCUUGAUUGACAAAUUGCAGCGUGAGAUCCAAGAUGUCAGAGGUCAUUCUGACGCGCAGCUGGCCAACAUAUCCAGAGAUACAGUCAACAAGGACCUGACUAUCACUGGACUUAGAGACACUCAGGGCAAACUCAAGACAGAGCUAGCACAGAGGAACGAAGACGUGCAAAGAUACAAAAAAGAAUUGUCCUUAGCUGCUGAGAGAGAGGCCAACUUGGAAAGAUCACGGACCCAGGCUGAGUUAGACUGGCAGAGACGCUGUGAGAAUCUGGAACGAGAACAGUACAGCAAGUCAGAGGAGUUGAUUCAGAGAUUGACCAUGGCAAGAGAUGAGGCUCUUGCAGCAGUCAAGGAGAAGGAUCGUGAGAUGUCACACAAGGAAGAUUACAUCCGAGUUCUCACCGCCGACAGAGACCACGCCUUUGCAACACUCAGGAAACACAACAUACAGAUCAAUAGGGACAUAUUACAGAAUAAAGAAGAUUCGGAUGACCACUCGGGAUUCGCAUCCGAGCAACUCCGAGCGCUACAGGAGCAAAACGACAUGCUGCGGGCUGUCAUUCAUGAGAUGCGAGAAGACAUGGAACAAAUCGGGGAGAAACAAGCAACAGCCAAUCAGAUCCCAGAUGCCAUGGCAGCAGGGGAUGAUGGGAAGACCAAUCCACCAAUCACAGAAGAUUAUGUGAAGAUUUUAGAAAAAGAAAGUCGAGACCUCAAGCUGGAACUAAGAGACUUGAAGGAGAAAUACGAAUCUCUGCAGCAGGCAAGCAGACAGGAUGAAACAAACAAACACGUCACAGAUCUAAACAACGUCGUCGCAAUGGACGACGCAUACGUCAGGAGCCAUAUCCAGAGCCUCAAUGACACCAUCGGUGCACUGAGAUCAGAAAAGGUCUCCUUAUCUGCCAAAGUGAAGAGACAACAGGCGCGGAUCACUCACAUUGAAAAUAACAUGAACCAUUUGCAGAAACAGCCCUAUGAGAAGCAAGCUGAGAUUGAGCAGCUCCAGUACGAGCUCACCACCUCAGCUCAUCGGCACGCUGGAGAGACUGCCACCCUGAGGCAGAGAGUAGCUGAGCUUGAACUCCAGCUAGCAGAGACCAGACAGGAAGCUGACGAGUACUACAAGGGAGGAUUGCAGACAAACCUAGAGGCAACGGCACUGGGCAAUCAGGUGUCAAACCUAAAGAUGGAUUUGAUUUCACAAAAGCCUGUUAUCAGCAGCAGUCAGCCAACACUAGUGAACCGCCUUCAAGAUGAAAUUCAUUCACUGAGGAAGCAAUUGGCUGCUCAAGGUGGAAGCGAGAGCGAGUCAGUGUUGAGGGCAAAGUUAAAGAGCGCCGCCCGCCACAUCAUUCGCCUGGCGACAGAGCGCCAGCAACUCAUCCAACUCGGCAACAGGUUACGAUCGGAGCUAGCUAGAUUCACAGGCCCUGUGCAGGGACCUAAGGGACCAGGGAAUGCGGGGAACCAGGCGGGGACAGCUACGGCUGGACAGCUGGCACAGGAGAUCAGGGGAAAACUGAGCAACGUGGAGAAACUGCAGUAUGCACUGACUAAACAGGAGUUGCAGUAUGCCCAUAGAGGCAUGCAGCGAGACCAACAGACCACUGAGGUGAUCCAGGUCCAGUUAGAUUCCCCCUCGUCAUCGUCAGAAUCACCAACGGAGACUGAACUCCAGCCCCAUCCAGCAGAUCUCCCAAUGCAGAGAUCAGCGAGUGCGCAAAGACCCCACCCCUCCAUUCCCGCUGCACCGGCCCAGUCCUCCGAUCAAUCCCAUGAUUCCCCUGGUGGUAGCAAAGACUCGGUGCCGUUGAUGAUGUCAUCGUACGGCGGGGAAUCCCUCCAAGAUGUCUGGCAGAUCCUUGAUGAAGGGCGGAGCCCAACGUUCAUGAGGAGCCCCACCCCACAGGCUCUCAGAUAUUAUGGGACUGAUAAAUUUGAGCCUGUCUCAAGCAUCCCUAACCGGUGGCCCCAGCAAACGGACCCUCUCAGCGUGACUGGCACAGGGACAAACCUGCAAGCCAAAUGUAGGCAGGACAAGGACAGGACUGUGAGAGUUGUGGGUAAAUCUCAGUCCAAGAGAACCCCUCAGAAAGCCAGGCAGAUUGUUAGGAAUUACAAUGUUAAGGAUGACAGUGUAAGGUGACACAUCUUUUAUGUGAUGAUCCUAUGGUCUGCAGUGGUAUGCAUUAAAUCACUCCCUCGUUCUUCCAAAUUUAUAAAUUGUUGAGCUCUGUGCCAACAUAAUACACAACAGCUGUAAUGAAUUACGUUAAAAUUGCCUAACACUCCGAGUGAGGCCCCUGGCAUAUUACAUUGUGUUUAUUCACUGAAGAAUUGAUAAAACUAUUGAGUGCUCGGGCAGUUUUGGGUGCAACAUCAAGUAACCAUAGCAGGGACAUUGGUUAUUACCCGGAAACGUAACAAUCAAAUCAAUGAGAAAAAACAUUGCUCAAAGUGAAGAUAGGGCUGGGCCCAUAUGCCAUGUGAAAUUAUUCUGCCUGAAAUGCUGUCGCUGGGAGGAACAGUCAUUAAAGGUGAUGUCAAAAAGUGUGCAUGACAAAGCCCAAAACAGUGAAAUUAUUCAACUUUCAUAGUGUGUAAUUUCUUGACCAUUCCUAAAUGGAUAAAAAAUAUUUGAAAUAUAGUUUUCAGGUUUAUUCACUGAACUCCUAAAGCACAAAAAAAGUCUGAUCUGUAACGUGCAUGAUGCUGGAAUUGCCCAGUGCAGAAUGCUGCAAACUGAGGAAAUAAUAGGA